AUGUUAGACGGCUACAACGGUCCCAAUGACAACGGUGCACAUAAAAAUGGCCACCACACUGACCAUCCAGGUUAUUUAACCAUUUCCAUUGAGCCUCUUCCUCCUGUUGUCAUUGGAGACACAGUCACACUCAAGUGCAACUUCCUAACAGACGGCAACCUCCGAGAGAUAGUGUGGUUCCGGGUGAGUGAAGGAGGCAGUGCCAAGCAGAAGAUCUUCACCUAUGAUGCAAUGUAUAACACCAGCUACUCACACAUGGAGGACAACCGCAGACGAGAGGACCUGGUCUACCAGUCGACUGUGCGGCUUCCUGAGGUAAAGAUGGAGGAUGACGGCCUGUAUGAGUGCCAUGUGGGGAUCUAUGACAGGAGCUCCACUGACAAAGUGAUUUUAGCCUCUGGCAGCAUCACCCUCACUGUCAUAGUACCUCCCAAGUCUAUCUCUGUGGUGGCAGCCGACAGCCCGGCUCUGUUCAGCCGCUACGAGGCCCAGAACUUCACUCUGGUUUGCAUUGUUACAGGAGCAAAGCCAGCUCCCAUGGUGUACUUCAAGCGGGAUGGUGAGCUUAUUGAUGUGGUGCCAACUGCCCAGUCUUCCUCCUCAGUGGAAGACCAAAGAAAGGGCCCAGGUCUAGAAAAGAGGCUCUGGAGCUCCCGGGCCCUUUCCAGUCGAGAACUUGAUGACACCAAAUUGCAGAAGUCCCUGUCCCUUCUGGAACAAGAGGGGAGGCUGGCUCGGCUGGGCCAAGACGGCCCAGAUGGCCCCGAAAAGCGCCCAGAGCUAGGGUUUGAGUCGGACCCCGAGACAACCAGCGAGGUAAUCCCAGAGACGGUGGUGAGCCGGGAGUUUCCGCGCUGGGUCCAGAGCAGCGAUCCACUCUACUACUUCCAGCACAGGCAACAGGCAGCAGGAGAUGGCACCAUGGAGGUGAGGGCCAUGCUGACCUGGAGCCUCAACCCCCAGCUGGACAACGAGGCUCUGUUCAGCUGUGAGGUCAACCAUCCUGCCCUGUCCAUGCCCAUGCAGGCCGAGGUCACACUGGCUGCUCCAAGAGGACCCAGGCUGUCCAUGAGCCCCAGUAAGGCCAAGGUAGGAGACACAGUGCGGAUCACUGUCCAGGGCUUCCAGCUGGGACUUUCUGCAAGCGAGGUCUUCCCUGAGCCCAUAUUCACCUGGACCAAGGUUGGUGGGCAGCUGCUAGAUGGCAGAGAGGAGCACGAUGGAAGGGAGCUCAUCCUUGAAAGAGUUCCAGCUGAACUCAAUGGAUCCAUGUUCCGCUGCACGGCCCAGAAUCCCCUGGGCUCCACGGACACUCACACCCGGCUCAUCGUGUUUGAUAACCCAAGACUGAGGAAAGGAAGAGAACAUUUUAUUGCCAUUGACGCAGCGGCCAGUCGGUGCUCCCUCACAUUAACAUCCGUGUUGCUGCUGCUGAGCUUCACCUGCGAGCUGACGUGA